AUGGUUGCUAAUGGUCGUGUUCACUCUGCUCUUACCCCGGGACACUUUUUGUUCACCUCAGAGUCUGUUGGCGAAGGUCAUCCUGAUAAAAUCUGUGACCAAGUUUCCGAUGCCAUUCUCGAUGCUUGCUUGGAACAGGAUCCAUGGUCCAAAGUCGGCUGUGAAACCGCUUCCAAGACAGGAAUGAUUAUGGUUUUUGGAGAAAUCACUACCCAGGCCAAACUUGACUACCAGAAGAUUAUCCGUGAGACUAUCAAGAAUAUUGGGUACGACGACUCUGCGAAGGGUUUCGACUAUAAAACUUGCAACAUUCUUGUUGCAAUUGAGCAGCAGUCACCCGAUAUUGCCCAGGGUCUCGAUCAUGGCUCCCUCGAAAGCCAUGGUGCUGGUGAUCAAGGAAUCAUGUUUGGCUACGCUACCGAUGAGACUGAAGAGUACAUGCCUCUCACCGUUGUGCUUUCCCACAAGCUCAACCGUGCUUUGGCUGAUGCUCGUCGUACCGGUCUCCUUCCAUGGGUUCUUCCUGACACCAAGACUCAGGUCACGAUCGAGUACAAGAAGGAUGGCGGCGCCACGAUCCCUGUUCGUGUGGACACUGUUGUCAUCUCUACUCAGCACACCGAGGACGUCUCUCUUGAAGUUUUGAGGAAGGAGGUUCUCGAGAAAAUUGUCAAGGCCACUAUACCCGCUAACUUACUUGAUGAGCGAACUGUCUACCACAUUAACCCCACCGGUCGUUUCGUAAUUGGUGGACCUCAAGGUGACGCCGGUCUGACUGGUCGUAAGAUCAUCGUCGACUCAUACGGUGGAUGGGGUGCUCACGGUGGAGGUGCCUUUUCUGGCAAGGAUUGGUCCAAGGUCGAUCGCUCUGCUGCAUACACUGCACGUUGGAUUGCCAAAUCUCUCGUCGCUGGUCAGCUUGCCCGUCGCUGUCUCGUACAAGUUUCCUACGCCAUCGGUGUUGCUGAGCCGCUCUCCAUCUACGUUGACACCUAUGGAACUGGGAAGAAAUCCGACGAGGAGCUCGUCGAAGUCAUCCGCAACAACUGGGAUUUGCGCCCUGGUGUAAUGGUUCGUGAGUUGGACCUCCAGCGACCAAACUACAAGAAGACUGCUUGCUAUGGUCAUUUUGGUAACCCCGACUUCUCCUGGGAGAAGGUCAAGAACCUCAAACUAUAA